CAGGGUACCAGCAUGGCAGAGAACAGAUCUUAUAUGUUUCAAUAUGUUUGAUUUGCUGUGGGUAUCCAUUACGCAAACAGUAUGACUAUAAAAUAAGAACAGCAACUAUAAUUCAACAGAAAAUGGCUGAUUUUCAGCUUUGUUAGCACCACAUAAGAUGUUCUCUGACAACAAGAUUCUGGCAGACGUCUGAGAUUUUGUAAGGGAGGGCACAUCAAGCAGCACUCUAUUCUAAAGGAGGACAAGGUUUUAACAACAGUCUUCCACAGACCAAAACAGCAAGCAAACAAAAAUGCUCUCAUACAGUGACAUGACCAAAGAGAGGAAAAAACAAGCAUUAGCCAUUGUACAAGAAAUCCAGGGAAAUGAUCAAAGUGAUGGCGUGGACUUUGGAAAAAAGAUUAGCAUUCCCAAAGACAUAAUGCUGGAGGAGCUAUCUCUUCAGUCAAACAGAGGAUCCCGGUUGUUUAAGAUGAGACAGCGCAGAUCUGAAAAGUACACAUUCGAAAACUUCCAAAAUGAGACAAAUGCAACAAUGAGCAACUAUACCUCAUUACAGUACAAUGCAGUGGCAGAUGACAGCAAGGGUGUGACCAGUAACAGCCUAGAUGCUGGACAAGAACAUCCACCUAAGACCCCUCCUAACACUCCAGACCCACGUAGCCCUCCAAAUCCAGAAAGCAUUGCUCCAGGAUAUUCAGGACCACUAAAGGAAAUUCCUCCGGAAAGGUUUAAUACAACAGCUCUUCCAAAGUCCUAUCAAUCACCAUGGGAGGAAGCCAUUGGUAAUGAUCCUGAAUUGGUGGAGGCAUUAUACCCUAAACUGCCAACUCCAGGGCCAAAAGACGAUCUGUCAGACUACAAAAGUUUCAACAGAGUUGCUAUUCCCUAUGGAGGUUUUGACCGAGCCUCAACGUUGGUCACUUUCAGAAUGCCUGAGUAUGAUCUACCAUCUCUUAGUGGACCAAAGAGCCCAGCCUUCCGUCAGAACUCUACAAGUGGACGACCAGAUUUCAACAGGACAGCUCAAGGCUGGAUAAAUGAAAAUACCCCACCUGCUUUAAAAGAAAUGCCGUUAUAUCCCAUUAUUCCAGAAUCUGAUGAACUGUGAGGCAAGAUGAGUGACUCCAAACCGCAGCCACUAUGUUACAUCUAAAAAUUGCUUCAGAGUGGGAUUAAAGAAAUGUCACUAAUAUUCAUAGCAUCUAGGGCAACUUUAACAGAAAUGCAGUUAGACGCAGUUAAAACACAGCAUUUUUUUAAUAUUUCGCUUUUGGUGGAAGUAUUCAUUUCAUUUCAUAAAUCUAUUUAGUCCACAGUAUACAGUUAAAAGUAUGAGUGAUUAUGAAUGCCUAGUAAUAUGCAAUAAGAGGGUAUUAAGAAGACUUUUUAAAGAAAUCCAUUCAGUAACUUUAAUGCAGAUUCAUUACAUUGGUAAUAUGUACUUUUCUGCACGUCAAUCAUUUUUUGUACUGGAUCAAAAUGGAUACAUGUCAUUAACUGCAAUUGUGUAAAAUGUUGGAACCAUUAUGUAAUAAGGCAAGAAACAAGCUGAAGAUGUUGAAUGCUCUUAACUGGAAGCUUCUCCAGAGAUUUCAUGAAAUUGUGCAUGUGUAAAAUGAAAUACUGAAAAAAGUCGUAAUGGCAUUGUGACUACAGGUUGUAACAUAUCUAAUCACAGUUUAUCAAGGAGGUAAAAAAUAUUCCAAGAACUGACACUGAGGAAAUGUUCCAUGUAAAAAACUGCAAUGUCUAUGUCAGUAAUAAAAAAUUAUAACAUA